UAAGUUUUUGAUAUCCAAAUUUAAUAGUAAUUUUUUUUCCGGCCCACUGUCCAACCUCUCCCAUAUUUUCUAUUGAUUAGCUCUAUCAAGUAUCAACACGUUCUCUCUCUAUCAACCGCUUUAUUUUGAAAUUGAACUCUCUCUCUUAUAUGAUUCUGUCCUCGUUUUUGUGGUUUUAAUAUGAAUUUUAUCUUACUUGUUUACCCAAAUCAAGACAAAACCUGCAAGACUCUGACUUUCCCAUUCGCCUCUCUCUGGAUGCAUCCACAAAAUUUUCAAAAUUUCUAAAAAAAUUGACUUUACCCGGUUGUGAUUUACCCCAAACGAACAAAACCCUUGUUGGGAUUUUUCAUGUCCAAUCUUUUUUCUUCUGGGUUUUGGUAUCAGGUUAAUUGCUGGCUCCAGGUGUAAGUACUGUUGUGCACGCCUAAUGACAAGUGGGAAUCCAUAUUUUGAUGAUUUGAGAAUGAAACCAGAAGUCAUUAAUCCACCUGAAAAUGAAGACACUUUGGAUGUUGGAGAACAUGUCGACAGCCCUUCUGAAAGUGCUGUAAAACCUAAUGUGGCUAUCUCAAGUAACGUCCGUGAUCUUCUCGAGUGCCCAGUUUGCUUGAACGCUAUGUAUCCCCCAAUUCAUCAGUGUUCGAACGGUCACACAUUAUGCUCAGGCUGCAAGCCCAGAGUUCACAACCGAUGCCCAACGUGCAGGCACGAGCUUGGCAACAUUCGAUGCUUGGCACUGGAGAAAGUAGCUGCAUCCCUUGAGCUCCCUUGCAAAUAUCAGGAUUUUGGGUGUAUUGGAAUCUUCCCUUACUAUAGCAAACUCAAGCAUGAGUCUCAGUGCACCUUUAGGCCUUACAACUGCCCUUACGCGGGGUCCGAGUGCUCGGUUGUGGGUGACAUCCCGUUUCUUGUGAGCCACUUGAAAGAUGACCAUAAAGUCGAUAUGCAUAGUGGUAGCACAUUCAACCAUAGAUAUGUCAAAUCGAAUCCGCACGAGGUUGAGAAUGCCACGUGGAUGCUUACGGUUUUCAGUUGCUUUGGGCAGUACUUCUGCCUGCAUUUCGAGGCAUUUCAGUUAGGGAUGGCCCCCGUUUACAUAGCCUUCUUACGUUUCAUGGGCAAUGACAACGAGGCGAAAAAUUACAGCUAUAGCCUCGAGGUCGGGAGCAAUGGGAGGAAGAUGACGUGGCAAGGUGUGCCCAGAAGCAUUAGGGACAGCCACCGAAAGGUCCGCGACAGUUUUGACGGGCUCAUCAUUCAACGCAACAUGGCUCUCUUUUUCUCGGGUGGCGAUAGGAAAGAAUUGAAACUCAGGGUCACUGGUCGGAUUUGGAAGGAGCAAUAGUGGGAAUGAUUUAUGGGGGCACAAUCAAUCCAUAACNUUUUUUUUUUAUUUAGUUGUAGAAUUAGGUUAUUUAUGUUCUUUGGGGCACGAUGGUUUCGUCUAGCCAUGUGUUUCUCGCACGAGCAAUCUCUCCUUGCUCGACCCAUUGCAUGAACUACAUGGUUAGGGGGAUUCGACUGCGUGCCGUGAAUUAGGAUGUUGUAUUUGUUGAUUUGGAAUCUUUAUAGUCCAUGUUGUAUGUUUGUGCUUGCAUAAACUUGUUAAGUACUUUGGCCACAAAAAAAGAUACCAGGAAUAUGGGCUAUAAGAGAUUGUGUUACAUUAUUGGAUAUGA